CCAUUCUCCGCUUGAAGCUUCUGAGCACCCUAUUCGCCCCCCAGAAGCAUCAUAGCCCUCAGGCUUGAAUCUAAAAGAAAAAGUGUGGCGCUAUGUACAAUCAGGACGACGACUUGUACGGCGACCUUUACGGAGAUGGUGGCGACGCUGGCGCUACCGACACUUCCAAGUUAACACCCCAGGCAUCCGCACCCAAGGAAGAGCCCGCUCCAUCAUCAAAGGUUGCAUCGGCUACCCCGUCGACUUCGUUCAUCCCUCCCGCUGCCAGCUCUUCCAGCUCAUUCAUUCCGGCUGCUCCGGCAGACAGCAAGCCGGCGGCCAAGCAAGAGGCCCAUUCGCAUGGGCAGUACAGUGGCCAAGGCGAAUCGCGCACUAGUGCGGGCCCUCCAGCACAUAUCUCUGCAAGCGGUGCAGGAUCAAGCAGUGAAGGCACCGGUUCUGGUGCACAAGGCUCUGGAUACGGCGCAGGUGGAAACGGCUCGGCGCGACCAAGUGAUUCAAGAGAAGAUGGGAAAAUGUUCGUGGGAGGCCUAAACUGGGACACCACCGAUGAGGGUCUCAAGAAGUACUUUUCCCAAUUCGGAAAGGUCGCAGCUUGCACCAUCAUGCGCGACCCAACAUCUGGCAAGUCACGAGGUUUUGCUUUCCUCACCUUUGAAGACCCCAAGGCAGUCAACACUGUCAUGGUUCGCGAGCACUUCUUGGACGGCAAGAUUAUCGAUCCAAAGCGUGCCAUCCCGCGCCCAGAUCAAGCAAAGACGCAGAAGUGUUUCGUUGGCGGCGUGCCUCAGACAGCAACGCAAGAGUCCUUUCGGCAAUUCUUCUCAAAGUUUGGCACUGUGCUCAACUCGACGGUAAUGAUGGACAAGGACACUGGCCGUCCAAGAGGCUUUGGAUUCGUCACGUUUGAAGACGACACCUCCGUCGACCACUGCAUUCGCAAUUCACCGCUUGUGUAUGAGGGCUCACAGAUCGAAGUAAAGCGCGCCACCAGCAAGAACGACCCCAACGAAAGACAGCCAGGCGGCGCGGUGGGCGGUCGCAGCGGGGCGCGUGGCGGCUAUGGCAACUAUCCCACCCCCAGCUGGUCAGGCUCGACCGGCGGCAGCGCUAGCGCAUGGGGCAGCAGCGACACAUCUGGAGGGGCAGCAGGCAUGGGCAGCAUGAAUCCGAUGAUGAUGGGCGUGAUGAACCCCAUGAUGAUGGGCAUGGGCGGUAUGAGCGGUACCGCUGCAGGUGGCGCAGGCGCGGGCGGCGCGCCUGCUUUCGAUCCUCAAGCGAUGGCGAGGAUGUACCAGACCAUGGGCUGGGGCACGAACAAGUGGAAUCCGCAAAUGGCAUGGCAGCAAAUGAUGUCCGCCAUGGGAUCCAUGUAUGGCGCUGGCGGUGCCGGAAUGGGUGCUGGCGGCGCAUGGGCAGCCUACGGCCAACAAGGUGGUAGUGGUGGGCAAAGUGCCGAUGGCGCUUGGAGUGCGCAAGGCGGAGAUGGCAGGGACGGAAGAUCGGGAUCACCCGAAUACGGCCGUGGCGGCGGCUCUGAUCGCAAUAGAGAACGCUCUCCAUCACGUGGUGGAUCCGGCGGCGAUCGCUGGGGUGGUCGUGUUGAGCGAUACUAGUUGUUUCACAGCUUACCCUCAAGUGUAGUUGUCCAAAUGUCAACUUCGCACGAUUCAGAAACAAAGAGUAUGGCAUUGCA